AUGACUCCCAAGUACCCUAAGUUCGAGCCACAGGGAGAUUCCUUCCGACGAUGGAUGGAGCGUGCCGAUGAGCCCGGAUGCCCUAUUUCUAGGACCACACUUACUACCGAAGACCUUGAUCCUAAGGUCUGGAUUGUCGGUAGCAGCCCGCAGUUCCUUGAAGAGGACUGGAUGUACUGGGCCGAUACUUUCGGCCUACCAGUUGACGACCCCGCAAUCAACCAGAAAGCUAUUUAUCGAUUCCAAUCAGCCCUUAAACACAAAGGCGAUCUUACACUUUGGAUUGGUCGAGCGGGGCCAGGCGUGAUAUUCAUAGACGAUAUCAGGAGACAGCAGGUUCCCACGAACUUUUACAUGUCUGAGUUUACCAAGGCUUUCUAUGAGUCUCAUUUUCCCUUAAACACCCUAAAGUACGUUAUUGUUACUGAUAUUAACGAGAAGCACACUAUGCCCUUCAUUCAGGAUCAUGUUUACAAAUCCCGGGAGGGGCUUGAGUUUCCGCCCAAGGAGCCACAAACUUGGGAGUCUCCUUCGCCAGAGUUGUGCGGCAUUCUUGGUACCCCAUUGGUAAAGUUGUCGCGGCCUUUAUCUUGUGUGCAUAUGGUCAGGGAGUGA